AUGUUUGUUUCACCUCCUCCUGCUACCUCAACUGUUCAGAUACUACAGAUGAAACAUUCUAAACGGAACAAAUCUGGUUCCAACCUUGAACAGGGAUCCCAUUAUAGAAAUGAUAUAGAAAAUAACAUUAAUAGUAAUCAUUUGAGUUCUAUACCAGAGGAAAAUAACUACUAUAAUAAUGCGUCACAUAAUGGCUCUAGUUCAACGGUAGAGUCCCAAGGAUAUUUAAUACAACAACAGCAACAGAAUCAAAUGAACUUAAGCGCUAACAGUAGAAAGAAUAAAACAAAUUUUGUUAGUGCUCCACCUGAAUAUGCUGAUAGAGCUAGGUUAGAAAUUAGAAAGAGAUUAUUACCUUCUCAUAAUAAGAAAUCAAUUCCAACUAAUAAUACCACGAACCACAAUAGUGAUAACCAUCCAAGAUCUUCUAUAUCAACCGGUACAAUCAGUAACAAUAGUAGUAUUCAAGAUAAUCAUAGUCUUGUAUCAGAUAAUGCAUCAUCGUAUCAAUCAAGUAUAUUUUCACACCCCUCUACGGUAGUUACAGAAACAACGAAUGAUAGUCUUCCGAUAAUACCUAAAUACGUCACAGAAAUAACACUGGAGGAUGCAUUACCCAAAACAUUCUAUGAUAUGUAUCCUCCUGAAGUAUUAAUGUCAGAUCCCUCAAACCUUUUUUAUAAUGGUAGACCCAAAUUCACAAAGAGAGAAUUAUUAGAUUGGGAUUUGAAUGAUAUAAGAUCGUUAUUAAUCGUUGAAAAAUUAAGACCCGAAUGGGGAAAUCAAUUACCAACUAUAAUAGCCACAAAUGGGAUGAAUGUCCCACAAUUUAGGUUACAAUUACUGCCGUUAAGAUCGAUGGAUAAUUUCAUAAUAAAAACUUUAGUGGAAUCAGACCUUUAUUUAGAAGCUAACUUAGAUUAUGAGUUCAAAGUAACUAGUGCAAAGUAUACAGUUGCAUCCGCUAGGAAAAGACAUGAACAAAUUACUGGACUAAAUGAACCAAUAAUGAAUUUAUCUAAACCAGAAUGGAGAAAUAUUAUUGAAAAUUAUCUAUUAAAUAUUGCUGUGGAAGCUCAAUGUAGAUUUGAUUUCAAACAAAGAUGUUCAGAAUUUAAAAAAUGGAAAUUGCAGCAAUCCAAUUUGAAAAAACCAGACAUGCCACCACCAAGUUUAAUACCGCGUGGUUCAUCAUCAUCAGCUGGUAAAGGCAAUGGUAUUAAUCCUUCAAGUAAUAAUUUAUUAAAGAAGGCCUUAAUGAAGAACAUGCAAAUGAAGAACCUUGGUAAUGGACAAGAACAACAACCUUCCAUUAACAAAUCAAUGGAACAGCAAAAUGUUAAGAUAUCACUAACAAAGGAAGAAAAGGCAAAUAUAUGGUCACAUUGUCAGGCACAAGUGUACCAAAGAUUAGGGCUAGAUUGGCAACCUGACGGUGUUUUAAGCUAG